AUGAGUUAUAUGUUUGAAUUGUUUGAUAUUGUGGCUGGUGCAAGAAGAGCUAGCAGAGCGCAGAGUAUAGACCAAAGACAACAUUUGGAAAAUCCGACACACAAUGAAACCAAUACAGAUGGAGGUCCUAUGCCAACUACAGAUAUUUCAGACAAUGAUCCAACUAAUUCAGAUAGCAGCAGUUCCACCGAUGGACACUCUGAUACAGAGGUUGGCAACGAAGAUGGAAUGAUCACAAUUUCACAUCCAAAAAGAGAAAAGAAAACACAUCACCCAAUAAUCAAUAAUAAUAAUAAACCACCUCGAUUAAACCUUACAGCCAUUAAUAAUAGCGUCAAUAGUAAUAAUAAUAGUAACAGUAGUCUUGGCUCAAAUACAUCACCGAGAAAUGCAGCCGUUUUGGAUUCACCAAUUGAAAACAAAUCUACAACAUCACCAAGAACACCGAAAUCACCAAGAACUUUUUCUAUUCAUGCCGGAGACAUUGAACUGGAUAUAGUAGUUGGAUCGAAGGACAAAGAUGGAGCCGACGAGACACCAACACCAGGCGAGCUCAAAGACGACGAACUGGGACAUUCCAAAGAGUUUAAAGUUAAAGAGUCCUAUUUCCAAUGGAAAUAUCUAAAGGGAGCACUAGGUUACCAUGCAUUCCAUUUGUUGAUAGUUGCAAUUGUCACACUGGUUUGUUGUCUAUAUAUCUCAUUCUAUGUCACUUUUGGUAGUCACUAUAUAAAUGUUCCUUACGAAGAAUGGCCACUCUGGUCCAAGGUUUCUUGGGUCAUAACUGGUAUUGUCAAUGAACAGUUUCUUCACAGUAUGGGAUUCGCGAUUAUUCGAUCUCAAUAUGGACACAAGCUGACAAAGUGCCUCAUUCCCUACCAUGUUGUGAUCGCUCUGCUUUCGGCUGCUUUCGAGAUUUACAGUAGAGUCACACGUCUCCAAGGCUCGGUGCUUUACAUCCCCAAGUACAUGCUUGCACUAGCAGAUAUCAUUUUAAUUUCAUAUUUAUUUGGAUAUAAAGUUCUAAAGAAGAAAUUCUUUGUCCUGUGGUUCAGUUUACCGUUUUUAUUUAUGGCAGUCUUUUUAAUUAUAUACGACUAUUCCUUGCUGCCAUUUUUCCUCAAGAAGUCGACUACCGAAAUUACCAGAUCGGUCAUUCGUAUUCUUAUACAUCCAGCAAUCACUGCUGUUUGCCUUUUGGUAUCUAGAUUCUGUGCAAACAUGAUCAAAGACUAUGACAUCCCACCACGCAGUAUCCUUUCACUCACACUCAUUCCAAUUGUGUUCAACACAUUCUAUGGUAGAUUCUUUGGAAACAGUAUGGGUACUUUACUUGGUGUAACUAUAUCCUCACUUGUAUUAUCCUUUACAGAUCUUUUCUGGAAAUGUUCACUUAGAGCUCGUGAUUCAUUUAUUGUAAAAUAUUUAUGCAGAUGUUCAAAGAAUGCAUCUGUUAUUAUGAAGCAUAAUCUACCAAUUUAUGCUGAAUAUCAAUCUUUUGAUUUAAUUUUCGAAAUAAGUUCUAAUUUCAUAUCAACAUUUUUAAUUAUAACUUAUUAUUUGGUAUAUUCACCCUCGGAGCUAGAUAUUGGCUUCCAAUUUAAAGUAAUGGCAAUUCAAUUGGCAUUCUCACUAGGAACUGAAAUCGUUGUAUCAUAUGUGGAAAAUGGAUCAUCUUGA